UUCCUUGUACAAACAACUGAACUGUCCACCAUAAACGGUGGGGUUUCAUUCGCACUUCUUACUGUUUCUCUGCUAUAUCAGGUCAGCCGCUGUAGCAUAGAGAGGAGGAACUUUCAUUCUCGGUUUUCCUUGGAAUUGAUUGGGAUUUUGACUCAUGCAGCACUGAUCUAGAUUAGUGAAGGAAGAUCUGCUUACAGUAGUGACAGUAUGCGGUCUGAUGAGGCCUACAACUUUGUUUUCAAAGUGGUUCUUAUUGGAGAAUCUGGCGUUGGCAAGAGCAACUUGCUGUCACGGUUUACCAAGAAUGAGUUUAGUCAUGACAGCCGGACAACCAUCGGAGUGGAGUUCAGCACAAGAACUGUGCAGCUAAACGGCCUCACCAUCAAAGCUCAGAUCUGGGACACAGCCGGAUUGGAGCGGUACCGGGCCAUCACAUCUGCAUAUUAUCGAGGAGCGGUUGGAGCUCUGCUAGUCUAUGACAUUUCAAAGCACUUGACGUAUGAAAGUGCCGAGCGCUGGCUGAAGGAGCUCUAUGAUCACGCAGAUCCGCAUAUCGUAGUGAUGCUUGUGGGCAACAAAACGGACCUGUCAGCAGUACGAACUGUUCCAACAGAGGACGCAAAGGACUUUGCAGAAAAGAAUGGUCUUCUGUUCAUGGAAACCUCUGCUUUGGAGUCAGUAAACGUCGAGGCAGCGUUCAACACUGUGCUUACAGAAAUCCAUAAAAAGGUGAGCAGCAAAGAAGUGACCCGAGGCUCUAUCAAUGCUGUGACAUUAUCCCAGCCUAAAGCUGCAGCAGAUGACGCACAGGAGGAAAAGAAGGCCUGCUGUAAGAACCUGUGAAAGAACAUUCCGGGUAGAAGGACUUCACCAGGGGCCUAAAGGAGUUGUGAAUUCAGCUUGUACAGUAGAGCUAUCAUUACGAAAGAACGAGUAUGAUAAAAAACAAAAGGAAAUCCAUUUCAUUGACUGACAUAGCCAUAUUUCUAUUGUUAAAUAUUAUAACAAGUAAAAGGCAUUUUAGUGUUUGACAAGGAUUAAUGUCAAUUUUAAUUAAUUGUAAUGUGUUUUCCCUAAAUGUUAC